GCAGAACUGGCACGAGGCAGCCGCGCCCGGGCCGCCCCGCCCUCCCGCGUUGGUCCCCGCCGCCGGAUGUUGACGGCGUCGCCUAGCAACCAGAGAUGGGGGAGCCGGGCGGCGGGGCUGGCGGGUCUCCCCUGCAAGGCGGAUGGACUUCUGAUGGAGAGGAAGACCAGAACAGAGGGGACAACCAGGACAAUGAAGGCGACAGGGUGCCACCCACAGAGGACAGCAGCGACAGGAACAAGGACGAAGCUGCUGGGGCCACACAGCGUUCUGAGGGGGAAGUCGCAAAUGAUGGGGAAGAGGGAGACAUCGCAGCUGAAGGAGAAAUCCCAAUUCAAGACAUGGAAAAUGACUGGGAAGAGGCCACGGGAGAGGAGUCCAAAUCUGAAGGGGAAAUGGAGUCUGAGAUGAAAUCCACAUCUCCUGAAGGACAAGUCGGUUCUGUGGACCCGGCUUCUACAGACGUCAGUUCUGGGGAAGAGCCUGGAGACAUGAGCCCCGCAUACUCGGAUGCGAGGGUUGGGCUUGAAGGCGGAGAGGCCCCCCAUCCGUCCGGAUCCAGAGGGGCCGGGGUCAGCCCCACCGAGCCGUCCCAGCAAGGAUCAGGCUCCUCUGAGCACAUGGGCCAGGAUGCUUCCGGAGCCAGCGCCGGAGAAUCGACGAAAUCCCACGAAGAGCUCCAGCAGAAGGCUUUUCCUUUGGGGGCACAAGACCACCUCAGACUGAGCCAGGGGAGCAGCAUCUCACCCCUGGGCUCCAAUGAGCCAGGCGCCCCCCCGGAGGAGCCCGAUGCCCACCCCAGGGAGGCAGCUGUGCCCGUGUUCCUGGACAGGAUCCAGCAGUCAAGCCCGGCCGAGGACCGGGUGGCGGACAGGGUGGAGUCUGAAGGGAGUGAGGAAGCUCAGGAAGACGGAUCCCGGCUGGUGGUUUUGGACCCGGACCACCCCCUGAUGAUGAGAUUCCAGGCCGCCCUGAAGAACUACCUUGGCCGGCAGAUAGAGAAGCUGCACCUGGAGCUCCAGGAGCUGGGCGUGGCCGCCAAGCAAAGCCGCGUCCAGAGGCAGGAGCUGGGCGUGCAUCUCUACGGGGUCCAGCAGCACCUGGCCCGCCUGCAGAUGCAGCUCGAGAAGUGCCACGACCGCCACUCCACCGUGGCGCGCGCGCGGCGGCAAAAGGAGGAGGAGCUGCAGGGCGCGCGCGCGCUCCACACCGAGACCCGCGCGGCUGUGGACACCGAGCGCAAGAAGCUGGCAGCUCUGCAAACGGAGAUGGAGCGCCUGGCCCUGCAACUCUUCUUCGUGCAGAACAUAGACCAAGACGUGCGUGACGACAUCCUCGUGAUGAAGCAAGUAGUGAAAAAAUCUGAAGUGGAGCGGACGCGGGCUGAGGCACAGAAGAGGAGACAGGACUUGCAUGUGGACCAGCUCACCACCCGAGCCAACCAGCUGGAGGAGCAGAUCGCCCUGCUUGAGGCCCAGUACAGUGCCCAGGCUGAGGACACCCGGAUUCUCAGGAAGGCAGUGAGUGAGGCCUGCACGGAAAUAGACGCCAUCCACAUGGAGAAAAGGCGCGUCCUGCAGCAGUGGGCCACCAGCCUCACGGGCAUGAGGCUUCGCGACGAGGCUCACAGGACCAUCCAGGAGACCCUCAGCGAAUGCCAGCAUCAGAUCAGGUCCAUGGACAGUGAGAUCCAGGCCUGUAAGAAGUCCAUCACGAAGGAGGAGGAGAAGAACGAGAAGCUGGCGAGCGUCCUGAACCGGGCAGAGACGGAAGCCAGCCUGACGCAGAGACUGACCACCCAGUGUCUGGCCCAGCAGGAGGCCCUGGAGAAUGAGCUCAACACCUACCGGCUCACCCUGCAGGACACAGAGGACGCGCUGGGCAGGGCCCUCGGGGAAUACACGGCCACGGUGGCCGAACUGCAGGCUGCGCACCAGAACGUCCAGCACGAGCUGGAGCUGCGGAGGAAGAUGGACGCCUCCAUCGUGGAGAAGCUGCAGGAGCACAUGACCUCCGACAGGAUGACCAAGCACUUCCACCAGCUCAUCCUGAAGCUCCGGAAGGAAAAGACCGACCUGGUGAACCGUCUUUCCAAAAUCGAUGGUGACAUUGCUCAGACCACCCUGGAUAUCACAAACACCACCUGCAGGCUGGACAUGCAUCAGAAGACACUGGCUGAGCUGGAUGACGACAUGAAAAAAGUCAGCGACCUCAUCGCCAACAGUGAGAACGAAAUCUCCAGGCACACAAUCCUGAUUGAGAGAAAGCAAGGCCUCAUUAACUUUUCCAACAAGCAGCUGGAGCAGAUGGUUUCUGAGCUGGGGGGAGAAGAAGUGGGGCCGCUGGGGCUUGAGGUCAAAAGGCUGACCAAGCUGAUCGAGGAACACAGCACCAGUGUGAUUCGGGCCCAGGUGACGUGGCUCCGCCUACAGCAGGAGGUGGUGCAGGCCACGCAGCAGCGCGAGGAGCAGCUGGCCUCCCUGGGCACACUCAAGAAGGAGGCCCACGUCCUGGAGCAGAAGAAGCUCCGCAUAGAAAACAAGAUAGAGCAGGAGAAGAAGGAGCAGAAGGAGGUCGAGCGGCACAUGAGGGGCCUGGACAACGACCUGAAGAGGCUCAACGUUCUGGUGGGCAGAAGUCGGAGCAGCUCUGAGGAGCUGAGACACGACAACCUGGUGACCGAGAAGGAGUUCCUGCGCUCACUCAAGGCCUCUGAGAGGGAGACCAUCGAGAUGCAGGAGAAGCUGAGCCAGCUUGGUGAGGAGAAGGCGGCCACCCUGAACCGCCUGGUGGAGGCUGAACACCAGAUCAUGCUUUGGGAGAAAAAAAUCCAACUGGCAAAAGAGAUGCGCGCCUCGGUGGAUUCUGGGACCAGCCAGACGGAGAUCAGAGCCAUGAAGGCUGAGAUCCACAGGAUGAAGGUCAGGCACGGGCAGCUGCUGAAGCAGCAGGAGAGGAGGAUCCGCGACAUGGAGCUGGCUGUCGCCCGCAGAGAGACCAUCUCGACCCGGGCUGAGGGCCAGUGCAAGCUGGGCGAGAAACUGCUCACCCGGACAGACUUCCACUACAAGCAGAUAGAGCUUCAGAGAAAAAUCAGAGAGACCCACAAGGCUACCGAGGAGUGCACCAAGGCCAUCGCAGAACUGGAAGAAACUCAAAAAUGCGUAAGCAGCUCCCUCCUGGAGAAGCAGGGACAGCUGUCAGCGAUGCAGUCUGAUGCCGACGAGCUCGGGGCCAACCUGGACCGGCUCGUGGCCCUCAAGAGACAGAACCUUUCCCAGCUCGUGACCCUGCAGACGCGCGUGAAGCACCUCCAGGCUGUGAAGGACGGGAGGUACGUGCUCCUGUUCCGCUCCAGGGAGUCGCUGCUGGCGGAGCAGCAGCGCCUGGAUGACCGGCUGGCCGCCAUCGGCACCAUCCUGGAGCGCGUGAGGGUCGGGUAUCCCCAGUUCCAGGAGGCCCUGCUCAAGGUCAGCCAGACAAUUGCCAACAAACUGGAGUCCUCUGGGUCCUCCUAGGGAGCCUGUACCCCACCUUCCAAGGCUGCCUUGUGGGGGAGAUAAUACAGUUUUGUAUGUUAUCAGGGACUUGGAAUCUUUUUGUGUCACCGAAAGCCAUGUCUGCUCUCAGAGAACGGUGCUGUCCGAGAGCUGUCAGUAAGCCAGCACUGCAGGAACUUUUUUAGCCACCCAGCAGCUCAGUCAAGUCAAAUCCCAGCAUUUCCUCUGAGUCCACCAUUUGCGCUGGGGGUACAAACCUCUAUUCCCACAGAAACUUGGGUUUGUGGAGGCUCCCACUUCCCACAUGUGAGUGGUCACUAGGGAACAACGUGUCUCCUCGUGACGGUACACUGGGUCCAGUUCAGAACCUUGGGUGAGUAAGGGACCCCCAAAAAGCCAGAGUAUGACGGCAAGCCUGGCCUCUGCCUCUGCGGGGUGCACUGAACACCCGCCUCCCACCUCGUUAUCAGCAGCUUUCCUGUUCCCACCUGGGAUAGUCAGCCCCUUCUCCUGCCGCUCCCCGUCUGGGUUAAAUCCAGAUUCACGGCUUGCAGGAGAAAGUCCAGGGGGGUGUGAACCCAGGGGCUGGUAUUUGGAAGCUGGGACCACUGAAAUAAAACCGUGCGCAUGUGUAAAUACCGGGACCGCCUCCUGGGUCUGCCCGCUUGUGGCCCCUCCAUCGUCCCCCCGGCGCCCCUCCCACACCUGAUUCCUGAGCACCUGCUACCUUGUGGCCUCUCUGCAGAGCAAGGAAAACUGACCCACCAAAUAAUUUCACUUUCAGACUUUUCAG